AUGCCAAUUCGCCUUGAACGUUACUAUGUUAUGAUCGUUUCUAAAUAUUUCAAAGACAUUGGGGACUUCAUUAAGUUGGUCCACGUCUGCAAAAAAUUUGCUGAAAUCCCCGCCAUGUUUCACUAUAAUCCUGUUUCUAUGAAAGGCAAAAAUAAGUUCUUUUCGAAUGUUGAAACACUUCAUAUGUAUUCCAAAUAUGAUGAAGACGAUGACAGAUAUAGUAAAUGUGUAUACGAAUAUCUAUUGUCAUACUCGGUAUAUUUAGAACUCAAAUCCAAUUGUUCAACUUUAAAAAAGUUCGAUACACAAACGCCGAUUAUUUAA